ACAGUGAUGGAGCAUCCGGCCAUGACCGGCGUCGGCCUCAGUCCCACGGUGGACAUCCAGCUGCGCUUCAGCCCGGAGCGUCUGUCGGUGCGGCAGCGGCUGGCCUACGAGCUGGUGGACCUGCUGUCCGACCUGGGCGGCGCCUUCGGCCUCCUGCUCGGCUACUCGCUCAUGAGUCUGGUGGACCUGCUGGACGCGGCUGUCGGCUGGAACGAGCGGCGCAGGCGGCGGAGGCCGGCGCCGGGACGGACCGGGCCGCUCGUACUGAGAUUUUCCCGCUAAACUACACAUUGACUCGC